GGCUCGGCUCGGCUCCACCUCGCUCGGCGGGUGUGUGAAGAAGCUCCAGCCCGUUAUUUCAAGGUGAUUCCCCGGCAGGAAGCUCACUUCUCGGAUCCUAUGGGAGUUUUGAUAACCGCAGUUUUACUCUGGGCUGCCGUCGGAGUGGGAAGCCGGCCAGUAAACUCACCCCUUAAUGAUGCAAAGGUUGAAUGUAUUAUCCAGGAGACACUGAAUGAAGAUGGGUCACAACAUGAGUGUGGCCCACGGCUAGCAGAGGAACUUGAUGGAGUGCAAAGACAUCAAGGUCUGCUUAGGGAGCUGCAGAAGCUGGCUGAUGAUGAGAGAGAAAGGGAGCAUGAGGAUGAGAGGCAGAAGGAGCGUUAUGAGUACAACUUGGCUGACGAUGAGAGCGACUUCCAGCAAAGGACUGAGGAAGCGAAGGAGGAAAGAGAUGUGGCCAAACUUUUGAAAAAGACGGAGGAAAAGAAGGAACACAUGACAGAGGGAGAUGACACAAAAGAGAAGAUGAUGGAGAACCCAAGAAUUGAAGACAAAGGGAAGGACGAUGAAGAGGAAAGAGCCAAGGAGCUUGAGGAACUGCUGGCCGAAGAGAUCACCAAGAAAGGGAAGGAGGAGAAGAACGAUGAAGAGCUCAGAGAACUGCUGAAAGAGCUGAAAAAGAAGCGAUAUGAGGCAGUAAAGGAGAGGGAGAUCCAGAAAGGCUCUGAAACAGAGCAGAAGGAGGAGAUAGAGGAUAAGAAGGAAAAGGAGGACAAAGGGAAUGCAGAAACAGUGGAGGACUUGGAGAAGCAGAGGACCGAGGAGAGGAGGAAGAACGAGGUGGAGCUAAUGGUGGAGAAGGAGAAGGUGGAGAAAGAGCUAAAGGAGCUUCUCAAAGAGCAGGACAGCAAGAACAAGCCACAGCAGGAGAGGGAGAGGAAGGAAAAGCAGGAGGAGCUGGAUGAACUUGUGAGGAAGAUGAAGCGGGUCCAGGAGGAGGACGACCAGGAGACGCAGGGCAGGACAAAAGAGGACAUGGUAGAUGAAAUGCCAGUGGAGGAAGAGAGCGAAAAGAAGGAGGGAGAAGGAGAAAAGGAGCCUGAUGAGAAAUCAGACAAUGAAGUUAAGAAGAAGGAGGAGGCGGCAGCAGAGGUGAAGGAGCCGCAGCAGAAGAGAGUGAUGGAGAAAGCAAGUGAUGAAGCCACACGGCAGUUUGAGCGGGAAAGGUACAAGGAUGAGGAAGAAGAGGAGGAA